UAGCAGGCACUGUGAAGAUCAGUUCGCUUUGGCAGCAGGUUAAAAGAGGAACCCGAGGGAAGGAAGGAAAUAAAGCCCACCGGCAUCUUCACCUAAGGGAGGUCGGAGCAGACUACUCCUACCAGGGACAGAGCUUUCGUAUUCGCAGCCGGCAGCAGCCAGUUCGGACAAUAACACUGCUUUUUGAUUUAACUUGCUUUCUAGACUUAAAAGGGGUUCUGACCGAUUUUUCUUCCCUUUUCUUUUUUUCUUUCUUUUUUUAUUUAUUUUUUAUUUUUUUUGGUAAAUCCGGUGGCUUUGCAGUCUGACUUUAAGAAGUUGGCCCCUAAAGUCAUGCAGUUAGCCCCUUAAUGAAUGCAGAACAACUUUGAUUGAAAAGCAUUACACUGUAAUUUCCAGGCAAAAUCAUCAUUCAUUCUUCUACCAUUUUUUGCAGUAGUUUUAGUACCCGUGGAAGCCCCCAGCCCUGAGUAUCUGUGUGCUGGAUCCCUGCCAAACAGAACUGGUUGUACAAAUAACUCUGGACUCAAAACUGGAUGGUGGAGUGGAAGACCCCCCCUUUGCCAUUUUUGGACUAAUUUGCAGACAUCAGACAAACUUUGCCUUCUUUUACUUUGUAAUUCAAGUGGAAACAGUACAGUAUUUUGGUGGAAUCGUGCCAUCUUACAGUCCAAUCAUUGGGCAUCGCCUACUGUUGUUGGCAGUUUUGAUUUACUAGCACCCGUGCAAUUUUGGUAAAGACUAAUCCACGUGUGGAGUACACUUACGAGUUCCACAACGUUUGUUCUAAUAGUGGGUGAGGAAGAAGGACUCCAACCUUAAAUUCCUUCGUUGGGAACCGAAUUUCUUAGAGGACGCAGCUUGUUUUAAUGCCUCUGAGGGCAGGUAGCCAGCCCUGGACACACCGUUAUCUACCCGCUAGUCUUUCACUGGAUUGCCCUUUAACCCAAAGCCGUUAGACAGGAUUGGCACCGAAUCCAGCUCGUCUUUGCGGGGAAUAUUAUCAAAUCUUCCACGUCCUUUGAACGCAACAGGACUCGCUCAACUUAUAUUCAUACGUGUUAAUACAAUGCGCUUGAUACCAUCUGCACUUGGUUGUUUGCUGUUCCACGUCUUUGCCUUUUGCUUCCAAGCUCAGGUAACCAUUCAGUCCCCGCCUAAUUUUACACAGCAUGUGAGGGAGCAGAGCCAAGUAACAGACCAGCUGAGUCGACGACUUAUCCGUACCUACCAGUUGUACAGUCGAACAAGCGGCAAGCAUGUGCAAGUCUUGAGCAACAAGAAAAUCAAUGCCAUGGCAGAAGAUGGUGAUGCACAUGCCAAACUGAUUGUUGAAACAGACACAUUUGGCAGUCGGGUCCGCAUUAAAGGUGCAGAGACUGGAUAUUACAUUUGUAUGAAUAAGAAAGGAAAACUGAUUGGAAAGAAAAAUGGCAGAGGCAAAGACUGUGUCUUUACUGAAAUAGUCCUUGAGAAUAACUACACUGCUCUACAAAAUGUCAAGUAUGAAGGUUGGUACAUGGCCUUUACACGGAAGGGACGGCCACGAAGGGGAUCCAAGACCAGGCAGCAUCAGAGGGAAGUUCACUUCAUGAAAAGACUACCAAAGGGCCACCAAACCACAGAGCCCCAUAGACAUUUUGAGUUUAUCAACUACCCGUUCAGCAGGCGGAGUAAGCGGACACGGUACUCCAGCUCAAGUUAGAGCACAAUGCUCAGUAAAGACAUUUACUAUACUUAAAAAAAAGAACAUUUAAAAAGUUGUUUAUAAUUUUUUAAAGAGAUAAGAUGAUCUAUUUUUGUACUGGAACAUGAGUUUUCUUUUUUAAGAACAAAAUGUUAAGAAUUAAGAAAUAUGCAUCCUUACUUGUGGAGAAAGUAGAAUUUGGUACAACAUGUAAGAAAAGAAAAAAAAAUGUGGAUCUCUGGGACCAAAGAGCUUCUAAUUCUGCUUCAUAAAAUCACUUUUAUCAGGACCACAGGAAGCCAUGGAAAACAAACAAGCUAGCACAUGGGAUGGGUUGUAAAUAAGUAUGUAAUGAGAACUGUCAGCCAAACCCUUCACUUGUUGAAUGCUGCUUAAGUCAACAUCCUAAACCAUUCUUUGACAUUCCAGGAAGCCUUGCCAUUGAAGACAACAUACCAGCUAACAGGCAUUGGGGAUCUGUGAGAAAGCUCAUGCUGCUGGGGUUACUUAAUGCUACUGUAUAAAAACUUAGAUUCAUUCUGACAGAAGUUAAUAGACUCAUUCACCAAAAAUGACUCUAAAUGCUAGUUUCAAAUAGUGAAAUUCACAAAAAAAAAAAUCACACUGCAGUCAAAAACUCAGACAUACACUUUGUAGUGGUUUACCACAGCCUUUCUAGGUUGUUUGUCUUUUGUAUACUUCAUUGCGGGGGAUUUGUUGUAAAAAUUUAUU